GCUGGAGACGUUCCUUACAUUACGAUGUUUAACUGAACCAAAACGAAAACCAGAAAGAAUCUCCAUUUCGACAGAGGAGAGACGAGAUAGAAUCUCUCCUGUUUGUUUCCACAAGAAAUGCGGUCCAUACAGCUGGGAUUCUCAGUAUCUCCCGCAUCUAUUAACAACAACCUUCUUAAUUUCAAUUUCAAGAAACAAUCUUUUUUUACUCCUUCUACAAGGGUUUCUCAUCAUCAAUACUCUCUCCCCACUACAGGACUAUGCAGCAGAGCGAGUCAAGUGGUUGAAUUGUUCCCUACUGUAUCUCCAGGGAUAGUUGUAAGGGAAGCAAGAUUAGAAGAUUGCUGGGAAGUGGCUGAGACUCACUGCAGUUCCUUCUUUCCUGAUUAUUCCUUCCCCCUACAUUUUGUGCUAAGGGUUGACAGGCUGGUAGCAAUGCUAUCAGGAUUCACUAUACCAAAUGGCUGCAGAAGAACUUGUCUGGUUGCUGUCAUUGGUAGCACAGGUGAUCAAACUUUCUAUAUUGGAAGUGAAGAUUUCAAAAUUGGAGGUUCUGAUGGGAAUUUCAGUCUUAAUCGAGGCUAUAUUGCUGGGAUAUUGACCGUGGACACUGUUGCUGAUUUUCUCCCAAGGAAAGGCCCACUCAGGCAGAGAAGGACUGGAAUUGCAUAUAUAUCGAAUGUUGCUGUUCGGGAGAGAUUUCGCCAGAAGGGGAUAGGUAAAAGGCUCGUAGCAAAGGCAGAGGCUCAAGCUAGGAACUGGGGCUGCCGUUCCAUUGCUUUGCACUGUGAUUCGAAUAAUCCUGGAGCCACCAAACUGUACAAGGGGCAGGGUUUCAAAAGUAUCAAGGUACCAGAAGGUGCAAACUGGCCGCACCCCAAGACCUCUCCAGAUAUCAAAUUCAACUUCAUGAUGAAGCUUCUAAACACCCCAAUCACAACAUAGAAUUUUUAGGAGCACACGAAGAAUUGACAAGGUAAAACCUUGUAGGAAAAUUUGAAAAUUGCAUCAUAUAAUCUGUGUAUGUAUAGAUCAUCAAGGUAACGUCUGGUUACUAUUUCGAGAUAAAAGAUGCAAAUUAUUAUUUCAGGAUAGAAGACAUGAAGCCAAGACACGAAGACAAUGAGGACAAAGAAAGCAUUUCUGUACAAAAAUUUAUUUCAAAACUGUCCUUUAUUUAAUCUCUCUUUAAUCAAAUAUAUUUUUAUCUUUUCUGUC